GAAUCUGCCAAUCUGGAUAGUGGAGACCACUAACCUCUUCGGAAAGUAACCUUAAUUCGUAUCUCACUCUCAAACACAGCUCUGCGGAUAGCUACAUAGGCCGUGAAAUUCCUUCAAUGGCGAUCGCAUCUCCCUCUACGCCAAGUUUCUCGGCCUCCUUCUGCUGCGCUCGUUCUAAAUCCUCUCCUUUUUCUCGCUUCUCCUCCGUUUCCUUUGCUCACCGGGUGAUCCAACCCCACCCGCUAGCUCCUCGACUUGCCGUCUCUUCCCGGCUCAACUCGUCCAAGCCCUCCGGUCCCGGAGGCUCCGUUUCUCCUGACAACGGGGACCUCCACCAGUAUGAGCUCUACCACAAGUUUUCCCCGCAGCGAAGGAGGCAAGGACCGCCAGUGUUUGUCACGCUCCCCGUGGAUGCGGUUGGCCCCGCCGGGAAGUUACGAAGGCCCAAGGCCAUGUCGCAGUCUUUUCGGGCGCUCGUGGCGGCCGGAGUUGAGGGCGUGGUCAUGGAGGUAUGGUGGGGCCUGGUGGAAAGGGAAGAACCUAGGGUUUACGAUUGGCAAGGGUACUUUGAGCUCGUGGCGCUCGCUAGGCGGUCCGGUCUGAAGGUUCGGGCCGUCAUGGCUUUUCAUGAGUGCGGUACUGGCCCCGGCGAUCCUUACUGGAUUCCCCUUCCUCUAUGGGUAGUUGAAGAGAUUGACAAAGAUCCCGAUUUAGCAUAUUCUGACAGAUUUGGAAGAAGAAACAUGGAAUAUAUAUCCCUUGGUUGUGACAUUCUUCCUGUUUUACGGGGCCGAUCACCAAUUCAGGCAUAUACAGAUUUUAUGAGGAACUUCAGAGAAACAUUUAGACCAUUUCUUGGGGUUAUCAUAACUGGAAUUCAAGUUGGGAUGGGUCCUGCUGGUGAACUAAGAUACCCUUCAUGCCCUUCCCAGAAGCUACAAUGGGCUUGGCGCUCACGUGAACUUGGAGAAUUUCAGUGCUAUGAUAAGUAUAUGCUUGCAUCUCUGAAUGCUUGUGCACGAAAGAUUGGGAUGCGUGAAUGGGGAAAUGGGGGCCCAAUAGGUGCAGGCAACCUAAUGCAGAAUCCUGAACACACUGAGUUUUUCAGAAGUGGUGAUGGAUCUUGGAACACGCCAUAUGGUAAUUUUUUUCUUGAAUGGUACUCAGGAUUGCUGCUGCUGCAUGGAGAGAGGAUAUGUAGAGAAGCUGAAACUAUUUUCAGGGGUACUCAAGUUAAUACAUCAGCAAAAGUGGCUGGGAUCCACUGGCAUUAUGGCACCCAAUCCCAUCCAUCAGAGUUAACAGCUGGCUAUUACAAUACUUUAAACAGAGAUGGAUAUCUACAAAUUGCUCGCAUGCUUGGUAGGUAUGGAUUUUCUAUGUGUUGCACAUGUUUUGAAAUGCGAGAUACAGAAGAAAAACAGAUGAACCCAGACAGCAGCCCAGAAGGUUUUCUUAGACAGCUUCUCUUGGCAGCUAGGGUAUGUGAUAUACCCCUAGAAGGUGAGAACUCUGCAGCUGGUUUGGAUGAUGAUUCGUUUCAACAGGUGCUAAAGAUGUCAAAGUUGUAUUCGAAUGGUCUAGAAAAGCCCUCCUUCUCAUUUAACUUCAUGAGGAUGGACAAAAACAUGUUCGAAUAUCAGAACUGGGUUCGUUUUACUCGUUUUGUGAGACAAAUGUCUGAUGCCAAUAUUUUUGGAUCCAAGCUAGGUUCGGGAGGUGAUAUUAACCUGUCUUCCAUGUUGGAUGCUACGAAAGAUGGACUGACUUUUGCAUAUUCUUAAACAAGAUUCAUCUCUUUGCACCAUCAAGGCGAAAAAAGAAAAAUACUUCUACCCCCAUUUGAUGUUAAUUACUUAUACAUAAUUUGAUGAGCCUUGAUCCAGUGGUGUGAAAUGUGUAGUGAUGCCUUAUUUUUCAAAUUAUUUUUUUCCUAGUUUUUUACCCCUGAGAGCUAUUUUAGUGUAUCAUGAUACAUUAUUGCCUUCCCAUAUUUUUUAAAAUGGUGGGCUUAUUGUCAACUUAUGCUUCUUUGUACUUGACUGUGGCAUGAAGAUGGUGACUUUUGUUGCUCUCAAUAAUGUCAUGCUUUCACCACUUAAAACAAAUGUUGCUAGUAAGGGAAAGCACUUAUAGAA